AUGUAUGGGAGGAAGGAGUACAAAGGAUGGGAUGGGGGACCCCUAGAGGGCUCAAACAGAAACCUGCUGGCCAGUUUUUCCUGGAAGAAUGCUGCUAACAUCCUGUCCCUGGGCAACAUAGUCAUGGCGUUGAAUUGCAUCUUCUGCAGCUUCCACAGGUGGAUCCCCUUCAUAUACCAGGGACUAGCCUGCCCAUAACCUUCCCCCUUGCUUACCUUUCCCUUGACCAAAGGCAACAAGCUCCUUCUUCAAAGCCUGGCCAUCCUGAUGAUGGGCUUCAUGCUGGACCAAUGCUUCUACCCCCAGAACAAAAUCCUGGAGUCCCAAUUUUCAAAGAAGGUGAUUUUUAUCCUGGGUGUUAUCCUGGUGUUCUGGGGCUCACUCUCUGUGACUCCUUUUUACCACUUGGUUUGGGCUACCUCCUACAUCUUCUUCCCAAUUACCAUAUGGGGCAAGAGCUUAGCUUGGCCUCCAGCACCACUGACGAGUCUGCUGAAGCUGGGCACAAUUUCAAGUAUGCUGAAAUCAUUAGUUGAUUCUGCUUCUUAG